AUGCGUGGGCACAGCAGUCUUUUUCCGUUUGGCCUCCUCGCCUCCUGCUCGGCCUCCUGGAAGGUGGCUUUGAUGGCGCCGAAGCGGAGAACCUCGGGGGAGGGGGGAAGCAGCAAGGCGUCAAAGACUACAGAUGCUAAGCUUCCUUCUAUCCCGGCAGACUCUGCCAAACUGCCGCACAUGAAACUCUUCAACGAGUACUUGGACGUGUUGAUCAAAGACCAUGGAACCUUCGACGCAUACCUGGCCAAGCAACUGGAUACGAAGGAAAAGCGAAUCGAGUUCUACCAGUAUUUGGAUGAUUUCUUCCCACCCGAUCCCAGCGAGACAUAUGCUACUGAGAAGUCCUUUGCAGCACCAGGACCUCAUGUUCUCAGGUGCUGGAUGCUCCCGUAUCGCACAGACUAUGGAUUGCGCGGCACAUCAGACGUGGAUGUGCAAAGGUUGCUAUCGCAACUAAUCAUGCUGAACGGGCUGUGCACAAAUUCAGAUGUGCCCGGUACAGAGAAGAUGGUGGUCACUUCGUUGGAUGAUGGGUGGCUCAAAAGCCCAAGGAACUUUUUGUCUGUGAGCGACAUUGGCGCACACAAAGGUCUCCUGCCUCCUGAGAGCGACUUCAUGGUCAAGGGCUGGAACAGAGGAGUCUGCGGAAUCAUUUGCAUGCUGGCGGCCGUGGAGUGUGAGGAUCUGCGGAAGGCUAUGCCAGACAGUGUAACAAAGUCAUUUUCCAGCAUCUAUUGCACAAAGAUCUCGCCAGACAUUUCUGAAGCGAUCAAUUGUAAUAGAGGAGUGACGUUGACAAGCACAUCAAUCAGGAGAAGGCCUAAUGCGUUCAAUCUCGUCCAUCAAAUGCAAGCGAUGCAGCGGGGAGGGUACAGUGGUGAAACCGCAUUGCAGAACUUACAGGUGCUGAACAAUGCAGCUUCAUUUGCCGCUGCUUACCAAAUUGGUCGCACAGAGGCUGGUGCAGCGACGAACCUUCUGACGGCGGUUUCGGAGAGCACCCGGGAGCAGUUGAUGGAGCUAGUCAGGAUAUUCGGCCAACCCAAAUUUCUGCUACAGGACCUUGUGGAUACAAUGAUCAAACGCAUGCGGCUGGACUUUGAGUCUCUGAACGCCAAGAUGCGGAAGCCAUGGAAUCAAGUCACGCUUGAACAGCUUCAGCGAGUUUGCGGUGGCUAUUGCGCAGCGAUGGCCCGGUUCAAGGAGCUGGUUCCGAACAAAUACUAUGAUGAUGUGAAUUCAGAGAUCUGUGCAACGUUUAUGAAUCGUCACACCGAUGCCGAUGUGUUGAGCAUGCUGCAGAACUCAGUUCCCCCUAUUGACAUUGGGAGAAUCGAUGUGUUCAAGACCCACCUGGCAAAGUACCACCAGAAGGUAGAUGAUGACAAAGCAACCAAAGCAGCGGAGGGGGGCUGGAUGUCCAGUACCUGA